AUGCCUGGAGAAAGUGGCUGUGACACGCCUCUAUCUGAAUUCAAUUUUCCAGAACUCCCUGACUACCCUUCUCCGGUGAAGCUGACAGAGGGCAUCCGGCGUUGGGAAGAGAGUGAUGAGGAGUUUUCUGUUCCUGUGGUGCCGACGGCGGGCGCUAUUCUCUCGGAAGCUUCUGAACAGGGCAUCAAUGAUGCUGUUGAAGACUCGAGUGGCAUGCGUCAGGGUUCCAAGGCUGCUCAAGCCACUUCUUUGCCAACAGGAGCUGCGCCGUCCGAUGAUCCGCCUGGGAAAGAAUUUGAUGCAGACCCAGAGCUUGCUCAAAGAAUUGCAACCGUACAGCGAGCUGCACUUGUUGCAAAGAGUGGUACCUACUUGGCUUUGAUGGAUCUAUUCCUCUACCUUGCCCAGAAAGGCAAAGAUCUUGCUGUUUGCGUUUUCGACAAGGAUGACACAAAUAUUGUUAGCUUUCGAUCGGUGAUCAGAGAUUUAUUGCCGGAGGAAGUAGUUGACUGGGAGGACUGCUUGGAUGAGGAAAUCGAUUUGUCAAGUGAGCAUACUGCUGUGGUUGUUUGCUUUGAUGAGGAGCAUCCUGAAGACCAUGCGAUGUUGAUGAAGUCACUGCAAAAAGAGUCAGAGCUGCUGGAGGCUGAAGCAGAAUUCCUGCAAGCCAUGAAGUCGCUGGAUUUGGUCGCCUAUCCUGUCCCCAGUGACGGGAAUUGUGGUCCGUGGACUUUGGCAUCGCUGUGUCGCCCAAAGCCUCCACUUGUCUCAGGGGAGGACAUCAAGCAGUACGAGCUCGAGCCACGCAAGAUCCGGAGGAGAAUCCGCAAGCUGUGGACGGAGUUGUCAAUGGAUUUCACAUGGCAGAUCAUGUUCAACAUGUUUGAUUUGGAUGAGGACUUGCCGAUUCCAGGAGCCGACCAACUGAACUCAGUUGUGAAGCGUGAGCCAGCAACGCCUCCCAAAAAGAAACAGACUGAGCCAAGGCUGGAAGUUCCCCCUUUGGCAACUCCUCCCAAGGCAGUGGCAGCAUGUCGCCGUGCAGAGUUUGGUCAGCCACUGAAGAAAGAUGGCCGGCUUCUUGCAGCAGGUUCUCGCGCAGCCAAGCUGCAUCGCGAAGGAGACGUGCCUGUGCCAGUUGCAGAUGAGCAGGACAGUGACAAAGAAGAUGAGGAGGAUACGGGAGCCCCCCCGCAUCGCGCGCAGGCGACACAAGCGCAGCUGCCGGACAUUACAGCGGAGCAGCCAAGUGCUGAAGCGGAUGGCCGCCAAAGCUUACUUCUCCGAAAUCGGAUGGCACCAUGCAAGAAGGCAUACACUUGCCCAAACGGUGGCUACCUCAAAGUGCAGGCUCGGUUGCUGGAUGUUGGUGCACAUGGGGACGGGUGCAAAGCUUGCGACGAAAUGAUUCUGAAUUCUGGCUUCGACCGGACGAAGUUCGACGCUGUAUUGCAAGCGGCAGAAAAUGGAGAGCUUCCUCAGCCCAUCCAGGGUGCCACCGAGCCUAUCCAGGGUGUCACUGAGACCGCCAAUGAGGAUGAGCAGAAGGCUGUGAAGGAAGAGGAUCUUGAGACUGAGAAGCCCGAGGGUCUCGUCGAGAAUGGCGACCCCUUCGACAUUGUCAGGCAGACCCCGUACAUCAAGCUCCUUCCACCCGGUAGCCACGGCAAGCGUUUUCCAUACCUAUGUACGGUUUGCUGCACAAGAUCUUGGCCACAGGGAAGAGUUGGAGAGCUGGCUGAAGCCAAGAUUGGCUCAAUCAAGCACUUUCUUCAUCAGCACAUCGACUCCAACACACACAAGCGGAAUGUCAAACGCAAAGAGACGGGAGGACAGGAGAUUGUUGCCCCACCAACACAAGAGUGUCAAGGAGUGAGUCUAGACGACGCUCGAAGUGCCCGUCACCUGCACUACAUGCAGGGCGAGUUUGACCUUUGGUGCAGCAUGGCCAACUUGAAGGACACAGCCAGACACAAAUAUUAG